UGCGUGUGUGUCACUCUAUUUCUGACUUCUGCCCUGUCCUUCUCUCUCUGUGUGCGUGUGUGUAUGAGAGAGGGAGUGUGCUGCUGGCCCAACAGGAUCUAAAAGGAGAAGGAGCCCUAUACACUCAUUUAUUUGGGAGUUUUUGCCUCCACAGGUCCGGCGUGUCACUGCUUCUGUGUGUCGCUUCACUCCACCGCCAUCCACUCGCCUCCUACAAUCACGUGUAGCUGAACUUUGACCCUCUGACCUCCCUCGCGCCAGGUUGCCAUGGCGCUCUCCUCGCGCUUAAAGCUGUGGGAGCAGAAGAUCAAGGAGGAGAAGAAGCCUGCUUCACCUGCUCAGCCACCCCCACCCCUCUCUGCGGUCCCCGGGGGCUUCCUCAAGCAGCUGGUGAGGGAGACCGAGAAGGAGAAGCGGCAAAAAGAGCCAGAGAUCAAAGAGGAGAGAGUGCCCAGCAAGCUGAGCGACAACCUUGUCCAGCAGUUUCUGCUUCCUGACGAGACUCCGCCCAUCCUGGAGGCGGAGAUGGCCCUGCGGGCCGAGCAAUUGGUCAACGGAGAGCAGGGUCGUCACAUGCCGCUGGCAGAGAAGAAACGACAGAUAGUGUUGCAGAGGGCCGAAAGCAAACGCACAGAAGAUCAGCAGUCGCGGGAACAAACGCCGCCUUCGUGGCAGGAGACCACCGACAAAAUGGACGGCACCAUCCAGGAAGCAGAAACACCAGAGGUGCAGGAGGAGAAAGCCAAGCAGGUGGCCAAAAUGCAGGAGGUGCAGGAGGAGAAAGCCAAGCAGGUGGCCAAAAUGCAGGAGGUGCAGGAGGAGAAAGCCAAGCAGGUGGCCAAAAUGCAGGAGGUGCAGGAGGAGAAAGCCAAGCAGGUGGCCAAAAUGCAGGAGGAGAAAGCCAAGCAGGUGGCGAAAAUGCAGGAGGUGCAGGAGGAGAAAGCCAAGCCGGUGGCCAAAACGCCGAAGGUGCAGGAGGUGAAAGCGAAGCAGGUAGAACAGGAGGAAAAGGAAGAGGAGAAAUCGGUGAAGGAGCAGAGGCAAGAGCCAGAGGGACAGCUUGCAGACUACAGAGUGACUGAGCAGAAGAAUGAGCCUGUGAGAGACGUGUGGUAUGAGGCCGGGACCGUGUGGUAUGUGCACAAGGAUGGCUUCACUCUCGCCACACAGCUGAAGCCAGAUGAGGGCACUCCUGAUUUGCCAGAGGGGCGGGCGCGGGUUCGACUGGAAACAGACGGGUCGGUCCAUGACGUGACCGAGUACGAGAUAGAGAAGGUGAACCCGGCGGAGUUGGACCUGUGUGAAGACGUGAGCGAGCUGGUGAGCGUGAACAAGUCCAGCCUCCUGCACACCCUGACCAGCCGUGCCAACGCCCAGCUGCCCCUCACCCACGCUGGGCCCAACCUCCUGGCCCUCUGGCCCCCGCAGGGCCCCCACGGCAAGGCCCAUCGCAGUCGACGGUGGGACGGGGUGUGGGAGGCGCCCCCGCCCCUGCAGGCGCUGGUGAGGAGGGUGUACCUGUCCAUGGUGGGCCAGAGGAGGGACCAGAGCGUGGUGGCGAUGGGCCGGUCCGGCGCGGGGAAGACCACCUCCUGCCUGUCCUUCACACAGGAGCUGCUGAAACAGGCCGGCACUGCUGGGGACCGCCUGAGCUCGGAGCGGCUGCAGGCUGUGUUCACUGUGCUGCGCUCCUUCGGCUGCGUGAGCUCCCGGCACAGCGAGGCCUCGAGUCGCUUCGCCAUGGUGCUGUCGGUCGACUUCAACCACGCCGGCCAGGCCGCCGCCGCGCACCUGCAGACUAUGCUGCUGGAGAAGUGGAGAGUCUGUCAGAGGCUGGAGGGGGAGAGCAAUUUCCUGGUUUUCUCUCAGAUGCUCGCAGGCCUGAGUUUGGAAAUGAGGACUGAGCUCUUUCUCCACCAGCUGCCUGAGGCCAACUCAUUCGGCAUCUCGCCACCGACCAAGGUGGAGGAGAGACAGAAGGCGUCAGUGGCCUUUGCAAAGCUGACUGUUGCCAUGGAGACCCUGGGCUUCUCAGCCAAUGAACAGCGCGCAAUCUGGCAUGUGCUGGCUGGGAUAUACCAUCUGGGUGCGGCAGGGGCGUGCAAAGUGGGGCGUCGGCAGUUUGUGAGUUUUGAAAGCGCCAAGCUGGCGAGCACUGUGAUUGGCUGUGAGGGGGAAGAUCUUCACACUGCUGUCUUCAAGCACCACCUUCGGCAGUUACUGCAGAAGGCCACAGGGGGCAUCAGAGAGCGGCAUGCGCCAGAGGGCUCGGAGGAGGGCCCCAGGCUGAGUGCCUCACAGUGUGUGGAUGGUAUGGCCAGUGGCCUGUAUGAAGAGCUCUUCACUGCCAUCGUCUCUCUCAUAAACAGGGGCCUGAGCUCCCAGCAGCUGACCCUGGCCUCUGUGAUCAUGGUGGAUACUCCUGGCCUGCGCAGCCCCCGGCACGGAGGGGAGGAGAGGGCGGCCGGGUUCUCUGAGCUCUGCCACAACUACCUGCAGGAGAGGCUUCUGGAACACCACUACACACACACCUUCACACAGACGCUGGACCGCUACGCACUGGAGAAGGUCCCCGUGGAUUUUGGGACUCCAGAAAGCAGCCCAGCUCAGGUUGUGUCUGCCAUCGACCUACCAGCGCUCCAGGUGCGGGCGGCAGAGGGAGAUCCCAGGGGUCUUCUGUGGGUGCUGGAUGAAGAAAUGGCCACACCCGGAUCCACCGAAAACACUGUCCUUGAGAGGGUGUGUCAGUACUUUGGUGAAACAGUCCGACAGUGUGAGCAGCCCCUGCAGUGUGAGAUUGCCCACCACCUGGGUUCUGACCCGAUCCGGUACGACCUGUCUGGCUGGUUCAGUCUGAUCCAGCACAAUCCAUCUGCCCUCAAUGCCUCUUCACUGCUUCAGAACUCAACCAUUGGAGUGGUAAAGGCCCUCUUCGGGCCCCGGGCCUCAGUGCCCCCUCUGUGCCGAGGCCUCGGGGGGAUUGAGGGGGGGUCUCAGCGGUCGCUGGAGAGGAGUGGCACCGUCAGGAAGACCUUCAGCGGGGGGCUGGCAGCCAUCAGGAGGCACUCCCUGUGCAUCUCUGUCAAACUGCAGGCGGACGCGCUGAUAAACCUCAUCCGCCGCGCCAGGCCUGUGUUCCUGCAGUGCGCGAGCGCCAAGACGGACGGCGGGGGGCUCGACGUCCCCUCGCUCCGCGCUCAGCUGGGCUCCGCCCACAUCCCCCCAACCUGCCGUGUGACUCAGACCAGCUAUCCUGAUCACAUGUCUCUCAGUGAUUUCCGCUGCCGUUUCCAGGCCCUGUCGCCACCGGUUAUGAAGCGAUACGGCUCUGUCUUCAUCACCCCAGACGAGAGGAAGGCAGUGGAAGAGCUGUUGAUCGAGCUGGACCUGGAUAAGAAAAGCAUUGUUCUUGGAGUGAGCAGGGUGUUUAUGAAGCGAGGCAUCCUGCGCUACCUGGAGCAGCAGAGGGACCAGCUGGUGAGCGGUUGGCUGGUUCUGCUGCAGGCCGCCUGCCUGGGGCAUCUGGCCAGGCAGAGAUACCGCCGCAUGAAGGUGCAGCAAAUGGCCCUCAGCUGUAUUCAAAGGAACGUGCGAACUCUCGGUGCUGUGAGGAAAUGGAGCUGGUGGAGACUCCUGUGCAAAGUGCGCCCCCUGCUGGACGUCAACAUCGAUGACCAGAAGUUCCGUGCAAAGGAGGAUGAGAUUUGUGCUUUGAGGCGACGGCUAGAGAAGUCUGAGAAGGACAGGAGUGAGCUCAGACAGAGCGCGGAUAGCCUGGAGACGAAGGUGACAGCGCUGUCCUCUGAUCUCAGUGAUGAGAGGUUCAGAGGGGAGGCAGUGAGCCAGGCGCUGGACACAGAGCGAGCAGAGAGGCUUCGUCUCAGCAAGGAGAACAAGGAGCUACAGGGACGGCUGGACCAGUGUAAGAUCACUAUCGACAGUCUGGAGAAACAGCUGGAGGAAGAGAAACAGCAGGCCAAAAGCAAGGAGUCGAAGGGGGCAGUGGGGACAGAGAGUGAGACGCAGCUGCAGCUGGAAUGUGCGCAGACCGAGGUGGAGUUCCUGCGGCGCAGGCUGCGGCAGAGCGAGGAGCGGCAGGAGGCCGACAGGGAGGCCCGGGCGCAGCUGGAAAGCAAGGUGAUGGAGCUGCAGUCUCAGCUGGAGCAGUCCAAGCGGAGCGUGAUUGAACUGAAGCGGCAUUGUCGACGGGUGACCUCUGACCUCCAGGAUGCUCGCGUUUUGACGGACAGCUUACAGAACCGUGCCCAUGACCUGGACAGGAAGCAGAGGAGGUUUGACAGUGAGCUGACCCAGGCUCUGGAGGAGGCUGAUAAUGAGCGGGAGCUUAAGGAGAAGGUGAUCCAGGAGAGCACAGUGCUGAGCGGGAAGCUGCUAACCCUACAGCACAGCCUGCAGGAGAGCCAGGCGGAGGUGAGGCGCCUCCAGCAGCAGAAGGAGGAGCUGUGCGCCCAGAUCAGAGACCUGACUGUACCCAUGGGGCUCAGCACGGACUCCCUGCCCGCCCUCAAGCAGCAGCUGAGGGAGCUGGAAAGCCAGGAGAAAGAGCGCAACCAGGAGAUCAGCCAGCUCACCAGCAAGAUACAGCAGCAGCAGCAGAUGCAUCUGCGCUUCGAGAUGGAAAUGGAGAGAAUGAAACAAAUCCAUCAGAAGGAGCUGGAGGACAAAGAGGAGGAGCUGGAAGACGUUCAGAAAGCUUCACAAAGACGGCUGAGGCAGCUGGAGAUGCAGCUGGAGCAGGAGUACGAGGAGAAGCAGAUGGUUGUCCAUGAGAAGCAUGACCUGGAAGGACUUAUCGCCACACUGUGUGACCAGGUGGGCCAUCGUGAUUUCGACGUGGAGAAGCGUCUGCGGCGGGACCUGAAGCGCACUCACGCCCUGCUGAGCGACGCCCAGCUGCUGCUGUCCACCGUGGACAGCCCCGGCCAGGGCCAGCCGCCGGGCGGCAGGGAGCAGAUGGAGAGGCUGCACUUCCAGCUGGAGGAGAGCGAGGCGCGGCGGGCAGAGGCGGAGAGCGUGCAGAAGACCCUCGCCAUGGAGCUGGAGAACGCCCAGCUGGAGCUGGAGAGCAUCUGCAAGCACAAGAGCCUGGUGGAUGAGCAGCUGUCUCAGCUGCAGCAUGAGAGGGUGGACCUGCUGAAGAGGCUGGAGGAGGAUCAGGAGGACCUCAAUGAGCUGAUGAAGAAACACAAAGCCCUUAUCGCCCAGUCCUCCAGUGACAUCUCUCAGAUCCGGGAGUUGCAGACGGAGCUGGAGGAGGCUAAGAAACAGAAGCAGAGCCUGCAGGAGGAGCUGCAGCAGAGUGUGACCAGGCUGCAGUUCCUGGAAUCGUCCACUGUGGCACGCAGCAUCGUGAGCAAGCAGGAAGCCCGGGUCUGCGACCUGGAGAACAAGCUGGAGUUCCAGAGGGGGCAGAUCAAGAGGUUUGAGGUUCUGGUGCUGAGGCUUCGGGACAGCGUGGUUCGGAUGGGGGAGGAGCUGGAGCAGGCGGCCCAGGCGGAGGCUCGGGAAAGGGAGAACGCGCGCUACUACCAGCAGAGGCUGGCCGACAUGCGGCUGGAGGUGGAGGACCUGACCCAGCGGGAGCAGGACAGCAGCCGCCGGCGCAUGGAGCUGGAGAUGCAAGUGGAGGAGUUGAGUGCGGUCAGACAGACAUUGCAAGCCGAUCUGGAGACGUCGAUCCGGCGGAUCGUCGAUCUGCAGGCAGCCCUGGAGGAGGUGGAGUCGAGCGACGAGAGCGACAGUGAGAGUGUUCAGACGGCAGUGGAUUCCUUUUCUAGAAAAAGAGAUCCUGACAGCGUGUCCAGCGCAGGAUCCGUGGGCACGGAGGACGUUGGCGAGGGGAUCCGCCAAUGGCUGGGCGUCCCGAGGGCCAGAGGAAGCUCACCUUACGGCGGGAGCAGUACCACAGGCAGCCUAGGAGGGCGCCAGUCAAUCGCCGACACCAUGAGCACCUACAGCUUCCGAUCUUGCUCAUUGGAGCCAGAGGAUGACCAGUCGGGGCAGGGGGGUCUGGGCAGGGCGUCAUCCUCUUCGGCCCUCUCCGAGCUGCUGGAGGGUCUGCGGAAGAGGCGGGCGGGGUGGGAGAGGGGCGGAGGGGAGGGGGAGGGCAGUGGCGUGUCUCUCCCCAUCUACCAGACCACCGGAGCCUCCGUCCUGCGCAGGAGAGCCUCCGCCCUCUCUGCAGGGAGCGACGAGGGGGUGGAGGAGCCCCGCCCGGGCAUCCUAAAACCCCCCAGCCCCCUGCUGCCGCGCGCCUCCAGCCUGCGCGCGCUGUCCGAGACGGGGACGGGCGGGGCCGCGGGGAGCGGUAAGAUGACCCGUUUCAGCUCCUGCGAUUCCCUCACCUCCUCCGUCUCCUCUGCCCUCGGGCCACGCCUCCGACCCUCCAACCUCUCCAUCCCCGAGGAGGAGGACGACCACCUGGCCACGCCCACCGCCCGCUCUGCCCAGCCACACCGCCGCCGGCUCCUGUCGGACCUGGCGGUGGAGGGCGGGGAGUCAUCGUCUCCCCUGGGGGCGGAGCCUCUGGUGUUCCAGAACCGCCGUAUCCUCGGGAACCUGGAUAACGACGCCGGGGACGCCGGCUCGGACAUUCUGCCCGCCAUCCGCCGGGCACAGUCCACCAGCAGCCUGUCGGGGGGUUCUCUCAGGGGGGGCACGCGGAGGGCCCUCAGCGUCCACUUCGGGGAGCUGCCCCCCUCCAGGGCGAGCUCCCGCCGCGAAUCGGACACGGACUCCUCCAGCUCGGGAGGGUCCCAGCGCAGGGGGCCCCAGGGCGAGCGGCUGGAGGCCGAGGGCAGCGAGGGGGACGUCACCGCCGUCAUGAAGAAGUACCUGCGCAAGGCUGAGGCCGACUGAGCAUUGGGCAGCAUGAGCUCCAGCUUGAUUUGACAGAGUCUUCCUGGCACUACAGAGGGAGGGGUCUGGAUGUGGAGGACACGUGUGGAAUGCGCACACAGAAGAUACAUUUUGAGCACUAGAAUCCGUUUGUACACAGAAAUAAAGGGACUUUUGAAACCCAA